ACAGGCCUCAUGGUCGCCUGCUGUCGCGGCUUCAGGGACGUUGUGGUCUUGCUCAGCCGCUGUCCUUUCCUCGACGUGAACCAACAGGACAAUGGAGGGGACACAGCCCUCAUGCUGGCAGCCCAAGCAGGCCACGUGUCUCUGCUAAGCCUUUUGCUCAACUACUACGCCGGCCUGGACCUGGAGCGCCGCGACCAGCGGGGGCUCACGGCGCUGAUGAAAGCCGCCAUGCGCGACCGCGCCGAGUGUGUGGCCGCCCUCCUCAUGGCAGGUGCUGAUCUGACAGCGGUGGAUCCAGUGCGGGGCAAGACGGCCCUGGAGUUGGCAGUGCUCACCGACAGCUUCGCUGUGGUGCAGAGGAUCCGACAGCUGCUGCGGCGGCCCCGGCUGGAGCAGCUCAGCGAGCACUACCGGCCCGAGUGGCCACCCUUGCCUGAGCUGGUAGCACAGGCCAAGGCGCGGGCUGCCCCAACCUUCCUAGAGCGGCUACAGGCCAGCUUGACCUUCUCCUUCCCCCAGGAUCCUCAAGAGGGGGGCGUCCUGGACCACCUUGUCACCAUAACCACCAGCCUAGCCAGCCCCUUCCUCACCACUGCCUGCCACACCCUGUGCCCUGACAACCCACCUGCAGUGGGCACCCGAGGCAAAUCCGUGCCGGAGUUGCUCGGGACUGCCCCGCCCCCACCCCCUGCUCCCCAGCCCCCCCAGGUCGUCCCUGGCCCCCGGGUCUUUGUCCCCUACCAGAGCCCCCAGGGCAUGCUCCCUCAGUGGCUACAGUGGAGGGACAGUAGCAGCCCCAGGUCCCAAGUGCCCAAGAUCCUUCUCUCCAAGGCACCGCCAUCUUUCAGCCUGUGCCUGCCGAAGCCCAGCUCUUCAGGGCAUCAUAGGCUGGCCCUCCCUGUCUGGCACUACCAGGAGCUCCGGAUGGAGAGGAAGAGGCAGGAGGAGAAAGAGGCCAAGUAGUCCUGGGAGGCCGCCGCGCCAGCCGCGCCGAGCAGAGCCCGAACCGAUCCCAGCCCCGUCCGGGGCGGCGCCCAGACCCCGGCCGCAGUCCCGUUCUCGUCGUCGCGCGUCCGCGGCCGCCGUCCGGGAGGGGACGCGGUCCGCUGCGCCCCGCAGGCCCAGAGGUGA